AUGGCAGAAUCAUCCCCAGAAUAUUGUCCAGCUUCUACCUCAACUUCUGGUGGAGAAUCGUCUCCAGAAUCUUCAGAAUCUCAUCGGAAAAUUGAAAACUGUCAAGUUUGCGGCCAAAAAGCGCAUGGUCUUCACUUCGGAGCAAUUACCUGCAGAGCAUGUGCAGCAUUUUUUAGAAGAGUAGCAGCGGGUGCGAAUUUUGUAAUUAAAUGUCGAAAAGGAGGUGGAAAAUGUGAGAUCGUAUCAAAUGGAAGGUCGUGUUGCAAAAAGUGUCGGCUGAAAAAAUGCAAAGAGAUGGGUAUGAAUAUUGAAAAUUUCCAAUACGAUCGUGAUCCACUCAGCACGUCUAAACAAAUCACACCUUCAAUGGCCAUGUAUCUUGGAAGACCAGAAUUCAUCAUUCUUUGUGACCCGGAAACCGCCAGAAACUCCAUAACCACAAAAAUCGAUCUCACUGAAAUUAUAGAUAAAGCCACAAAGAUUUUGAUGUCUGACAUCAAGAUACCAAGAUCUUCAGGUCAAAAUCGUCUUCGUAAACUUUCCACCGCGUCGAAUAUCGAGAGAUUUUCUGUGAGCGCUGACGACGAUUUUCAUGAAGUUACAGCGAUUGGGCUCAAAGAAACGAUGAGCUUUUGGGAGCACGACAUACUUACCGUAGCCAAAUGGUUGACACAUUUUGAUGAGUUUCAGGACUUGAAACCAGAUUUGAAGCUGACAUUUCUGAAGACUAUAUGGUCCGUGUGGAAUCGUUUGGAAAAACUUGGGAGGACAACGAUGUUUUUAAAAUCUAAAACUGCACCAUCAUGGGAUGAAACACCAAUUUUUCAAGCGAACGACGUUAGAAUAAACCUGAAAGAUUUGAAAUUGGAUAUAGAAUGGUUGUCAAAUUAUAGUGUGGAACAAAUAGCCUACUACAUUGAAGGUGUUGGUGACUGGUCCUCUUUUCAUUCCAUCCAACCAAUGCUAGAAUUGGAUCCUACAGAAGUGGAAAUAAAUUAUAUGCUCGCACAGAUCUCAUUCUCCUUUGCCACUCGCGACCUGCAAGGAGAGCUAUCAGAAAUCGCUGAAAAAUUCCUCCAAUUGAUUGCCGACGAUCUUCACAAUUAUUAUACGAGAGAAUUGAGUGUAUCCAGAUACUCGGAUCGUGUUUUGAAAAUGAUGAAAAUCAAUAAUUUAGUAAUGAAGAAUAUGUUCGAGAGAAAGGAGAAAUUGGCAAUUGCGAGAACGUUUGAUAUUUUUCAUGUGGAGUUUUCGGACCCUGAAAUGUUUAAAGACAUGUUUUGA